CUGCAGGCUAAGGUUGGGCCAGGAUGGCGUCUGUGUUUCGGAGUGAGGAGAUGUGUUUGUCACAGCUCUUUCUCCAGGUGGAGGCUGCGUACUGCUGCGUGGCUGAACUUGGAGAGCUUGGAUUGGUUCAAUUCAAAGAUCUAAAUGCGAACGUGAGCAGUUUCCAAAGGAAAUUUGUGAAUGAAGUCCGAAGGUGUGAGUCGCUGGAAAGAAUCCUUCGUUUUCUGGAAGAUGAGAUGCGGAAUGAGAUUGCCGUUCAGUUGCCUGAGAAGUACCCGCAGACCCCUCUGCCACGGGAAAUGAUUACCCUGGAGACUGUUCUGGAAAAACUGGAAGCGGAGUUACAGGAAGCCAACCAGAACCAGCAGGCACUGAAAAGGAGUCUCUUAGAGCUGACAGAACUCAAAUAUCUCCUGAAGAAAACCCAGGACUUCUUUGAGACAGAAACCAACUUAGCUGAAGAUUUCUUUACGGAAGACACCUCGGGGCUGCUGGAGUUGAGAGCGGUGCCCGCCCACGUGGCUGGCAAGUUGGGCUUCACAGCCGGCGUGAUCAACAGGGAGAGGAUGGCUUCUUUCGAGAGGCUGCUGUGGCGGGUGUGCCGAGGCAACGUGUACUUGAGGUUCACUGAGAUGGACACGCCUCUGGAAGACCCUGUCACGAGAGAAGAAAUCAAAAAGAAUAUAUUCAUCAUAUUUUAUCAAGGAGAGCAGCUCAGGCAGAAAAUCAAGAAGAUCUGUGAUGGGUUUCGAGCCACUGUGUACCCGUGUCCAGAGCCCGCCGCUGAGCGCAGAGACAUGCUGGCUAAUGUCAACGUGAGACUGGAAGACUUGAUCACCGUCAUCACCCAGACUGAAUCUCACCGCCAGCACCUGCUGCAGGAAGCCGCGGCCAAUUGGCACUCCUGGGUCACCAAAGUGCAGAAGAUGAAGGCCAUUUACCACGUCCUGAACAUGUGCAACAUCGACGUCACCCAGCAGUGUGUCAUUGCUGAGAUCUGGUUCCCGGUGGCAGACACGGCACGCAUCAAGAGGGCCUUGGAGCAGGGCAUGGAACUCAGUGGCUCUUCCAUGGCCCCCAUCCUGACCACACUGCAGUCUAAGACAGCUCCCCCGACAUUUAACAGAACCAACAAGUUCACAGCCGGCUUCCAGAAUAUCGUGGAUGCCUAUGGUGUGGGCAACUACCGCGAGAUCAACCCGGCUCCCUACACCAUCAUCACUUUCCCCUUCCUGUUCGCGGUGAUGUUCGGAGACUGCGGCCACGGACUUGUGAUGUUCCUGGCGGCCCUUUGGAUGGUCCUCAACGAGCGGCACUUGCUCUCCCAGAAGAUCAGCAAUGAGAUCUGGAACACCUUCUUCAACGGGCGCUACCUCAUCCUACUCAUGGGCAUCUUCUCCAUCUACACGGGCUUGAUCUACAACGACUGCUUCUCCAAGUCUUUCAACAUCUUCGGCUCUUCCUGGAGCGUUCGGUCCAUGUUCAGAAAUGGCACGUGGAAUACUCAAGUCCUGGAGACAACUCCACUUUUACAGCUGGACCCGGCCGUGCCAGGAGUAUAUUCUGGAAACCCAUACCCAUUUGGGAUUGAUCCGAUUUGGAACUUGGCUUCAAACAAGCUCACGUUCUUGAACUCCUACAAAAUGAAGAUGUCGGUCAUCCUGGGGAUCGCACAGAUGGUUUUCGGCGUCGUUCUCAGCCUCUUCAAUCACAUAUACUUCAGAAAGACUCUCAACAUUGUUUUGCAAUUUAUCCCCGAGCUGAUCUUUCUCCUGUGUCUGUUUGGCUACCUGGUGUUCAUGGUCGUCUUCAAGUGGUGCCGUUUCGACGUGCACACGUCGCAGCACGCGCCCAGCAUCCUCAUCCACUUCAUCAACAUGUUCCUGUUUGACUACAACGAAGCUGCCAACGCACCUCUCUACAGACACCAGAAGGAAGUCCAGAGUUUCUUUGUCGUUAUGGCUUUGAUUUCCGUGCCGUGGAUGCUUCUGAUUAAGCCGUUUGUUCUUAGAGCCAAUCACCGCAAGUCCCAGUUGCAUUCAGCCAUGAUCCACGAAGAUGCCACAGAGGAUGUCGAAGGUGGCAGCCCCAGCCCAUCCAGCAGCUCCGGGCAGAAGACUUCUGCAGGUGCCCAUGGGGCUGCGGACGACAGUGAGGAGGAGUUCAACUUUGGAGACGUGUUUGUCCAUCAAGCCAUCCACACCAUUGAGUACUGUCUGGGGUGCAUUUCGAAUACAGCCUCCUACCUCCGGCUCUGGGCUCUCAGCCUGGCUCAUGCACAACUGUCGGAAGUACUCUGGACCAUGGUGAUGAACAUUGGCCUCAGCCUGCGGGGCUGGGGGGGCCUUGUUGGGGUCUUCAUCAUUUUUGCCGUCUUUGCUGUUCUGACGGUUGCCAUCCUGCUCGUCAUGGAGGGCCUCUCUGCUUUCCUGCACGCCCUACGGCUGCACUGGGUGGAGUUCCAGAACAAGUUCUACGUUGGGGCUGGUUACAAGUUUUCUCCCUUCUCCUUUAAACAAAUACUGGACGGGACGGCGGAGGAUUAGGCUG